AUGCCUCAGAUGACCGGCGGACAGGCACUGGCAAAGCAGCUAUAUCGAGAGGGUGUGCGGGUGAUAUUCGGGCUUCCGGGAGUCCAGCUCUAUCACGCUCUUGACGCUCUUGCACAAGAGACGGGUAUCAAGUUCAUCACCACGCGGCACGAGCAGGCAACUGCGUACAUGGCGGACGGUUACUCGCGUUCGGGGGACGACAUAGGCACUGCGCUUGUGGUGCCGGGUCCGGGCCUGCAGAACGCAUCUGCGGCAAUCGGCACGGCAUACGCAGCAUCCUCGCCUAUCAUGGUGGUGGCUGGGCAGUCAACGAUCAGCUCUGACACGAUUCGCCCUGUGACCAAGUGGGCGCAGCGCAUUCUCGACCCGCGCGAUGUGCCCGAAGCGGUGCAUGAGGCGUUUUACCAGCUCAAGUCGGGCAGGCCUCGCCCGGUGGAGAUUGAGAUACCGCCGGAGACGCUCGCCGAUGUAGCAGAAAUCGAGCUGCUCGAACCCGUCAACUACCAGCGCCAAGCCGCAAGCGCGGACAGCAUCCAAGAGGGCGCGCGCAUUGUAGCCAACGCCAAGAAUCCGCUGAUAUACGCGGGCGGCGGUGUUAAUUUGUCCGGCGCGAACGAUGCCUUGCUCGCACUCGCCGAAUACCUGCAAGCGCCCGUAAUCGAGACGGCGGAGGGCAAGGGCGCGAUCUCCGACAGGCACUAUUUGUCGUUAGGCGUGCCGCGUCGCAUCGAUCCAUAUCAUGAUCGUAUGGCGGAUCAUGAUGUCAUUCUCGCCGUAGGCACUCGAAUCCAGACUCCACAGAUACUGCAGGGUCAGAGGGUUGUGCAGAUAGACAUAGACGAAGCCGAGCUUGGGCGGAACUACGAGAAUACCUUCGGCAUUGCGGGCGACGCCAAGAUGACUCUUGAAGAGUUGCUCAAGGCGGUCUCAGUCAUCAAGCCCGCGAGUGAGAGUCGUCAAGCUGAAAUCGAAGAGAUGCGCGAAGAGUUCUUUGGCGAGGGCCGCGCCCUGGAGCCGCUGCACUCGCUGUCCAAUGCCGUGCGCGCCGCGAUGCCGGAUGACGGCAUACUGGUGGCAGGCAUGACGCAGGUGGGCUACUACAGCCGCACGCGUUUCCCAGUAUAUGAGCCGAAGACAUACCUGACAUCGUCUUACUUUGGCAACCUAGGCUUCGCGUAUCCAUGCGCGCUGGGUGCGAAGGUCGCCAACCCUGACAAGGCAGUGGUGGCAGUGUCGGGCGAUGGUGGCUUUAUGUACAACGUGCAGGAAUUGGCGACAGCGGUGAUGUACGGCAUCAAUGCGGUGGUCGUGGUGUUCAACGAUAGCGCGUUCGGCAAUGUGAGGCGCGACCAGACGGAUCGCUUCGAGGGGCGUGUAUGGCUCGGAGUUGCACAACCCUGA